ACACUUCUUGGCUUGUACUUCGACAAGCUGCCCUGCAUCCGGUCUGCCAUGACAAACGGAAGUUUGAGUUGCCUAGCAACGUCAGUGCGCUUGUUUGUCAGUGAUAGUGCACCGGCGACCACUUGUCCGUCAUCACAGGUCCAAUGCAGAGUGCUGGAGGUGAGCGGGGCGGGGAGGAGGGACGGGAGGAGAGCGUCGGUCCAGAGGGGAGAGACGAAGCAGCGGAGGAGUGUGGAGCCACUGUCCCACCUGCUCAAGAGCAUGGCUCACAGGAUCAGUCCGAUGCCCCUACCCGUCAGCUUCACCCUGACCACGCUGGUGCAAAUGAAUACUCCCCUGCAGCCAUAAAUUCAGAGCAAGAAAAUGUUACUCAGCUGAUGUUGAUACCUCACUUCUCAAACCUUAACACAUCAGAAGACAUGGAGGAUCAGGAGCCACUGCCAGAGGAGGAGGAGGAGGAGGAGGAGUUCAUUCUUCUUGACUCUGAACAUCCCCUGGUCAGAAGACAGCAAGCUGCUCUAAACAACCAGCUCAGCAAACAGCUAGAGAGGAUCAACAUGGGACUGCAGGAAAAGUUGGCACUGGAAAAAGCAGAUACCAACCACAUGCAGCAGGUAAAUAUUGACAUGUUCAGGAUUCAGGAACAGCUGGCCAGGCUCCAGACCAAGCUGGAGGGCCUUCAUCAUUCCAAGGCAGAGGUUGAAGCCAAACAUCAGCAGACACAGGAUCAGCUAGAGGCAAUGAAGGGCCACUUUUCCAGAGUUACCAGCCAGGACAGCAGAGCCAAAGCCAAUGUGUCCAAGCUGCAGGCAGAAAUAGACAACCUAAUGGAGCAUCUCAACUCUACACAAGGAGUCAGUGAAGAUCUGCGCUCUAAUGUCAAAGUCAUGAGAAACACCAGACGCAAAGUGGGAGCUGAGAAGAGCCAGGCCGAAGAGCAGAAAUUGAAGCAGGAUUUGUAUGUAGAGCGCCUGACAAAGGACAUGGAGAGGCUGACAGAGCAGAUAGCUAUGUAUGAAGCCCAGGCCAGUGCCCAAGGAGAGGAGACACAGGCAGCCAAAGAGGCUCUCUCUGAGGCUGAGAUGGAAAUGGAGUCUCUGGUAAUGGCACGCAAACAGCUGCUGCAGCAGUGGAGCAGCAGCCUGGUGGGAAUGAGGAGACGAGAUGAGGCCUUCGGCGCGAUGCAGGAGGCUGUGCGUACUGUCGAUCAUCAGGUGAUCUUGCUGGACAGAGAGAUUGAAGGCUACAAGAGAUCCACUGCUGAAGAGCAAGAGAAAAAUGAGACCCUAACUAUGCAGCUGAACUGGUCCCAGAUGGACGGUGCCACCUCCAAAAAGCUGAUCAGUCAGAAGCAGGCUCAGCAAGAGGCUCUGCAGGCCCACUAUAGCACCUGCCUCCGCACUCUGAGGGAGACAGAGCGCACUCUCGCCAGGCUCUCCAAGGAAAGCAGCACCCACCAGGCUGAAAUGAGCGAUCAGAGGAGGCAGUUUGAGAAGGAAAGUGCUGUGCGUCUGGAGCUGGAGGACAAGAUCAUGACCCACAUGCAGCAGAAGCUCACCCACAACAAAGCCGCUAAAUACUCCCAAAGGCUCACCAGCAAAAUCGCCACACUCAAGAAGGAGAAGAUCUCUCAGUUGUGGCAGCUGGAGAACGAUGUAAAAAUAGUGGGACUGGAGAGCAGCGAGCUCAGCCAACAUCUGGACAGCCUGGCCCUCACCCAGGAGGCCCUAGAUGAGGAGUUCACAAAGUACAAUAAGUUACUGACAUCCAGCGAGGCUAAGGUUUCUUCCUUCGUCACACUCAUCGGGCAGAAGCAGGCCACCAUCGCCAACUAUAAUAAAAAGAUCUAUGAAAUCGCAGCCAGCACUGGGCAUGAGGAUCUGAGUCCUCUGCAAAUAAAGAUAGAGGCGAUGGUUGAUCAGAAUCAGGAGUUGGCAGCGGAUAUCAGGAGUGACAAGCAGCUCUGGAUGAAACGGCAGGGGACUCUAGUAGGACUGACCCAGGAGAUAGAAGCCAACAGCAAGGACAUGUUCAAACUGCAGACAGAGUACACAGCUAUGCGGCAGAAGAAAAUACGCUUGGACAGUCAUAUUGAAGUAGAGCACCGUGAGGCAACAGAGCUGGAGAAGAAUGCAAAGAUGCUGCAAGGAGACCUGCUGAAGCUCAACACCCGGCUGAGCAAGGACGCACAGCUCAGCCUGGCGCUGAAGCAGGAGAACACACUGAUGGAGACGGACUUCCUUCACAGACUUAAGGAGGCUGAGCGGGAGUCCAUUGAGAUGCAAAUGAAACACGAGAAGACCCAGGAGGAAAAAGAGAGACUCCUCAACAGUCUGGUGGAGGCAGAGCGGCAGAUCAUGUUGUGGGAGAAGAAGACCCAGCUUGUGAAAGAGACUCGCUCAGCCGUGGACUCGGAGGUGGGCCAGGGAGACAUCCAGAUGAUGAAGGCUGAAAUACAUCGUAUGGAGGUGCGACUCAACCAGCUGAUGAAGCAGCAGGAGCGACUGCUGAGAGAGAGCGAAGCAACAGUGGCGAGGAGGGAGACCAUCGUCCUGCGCAGGGAGGCCAUGGUCCUGAGCACCCACAAACAGACGACAAAGGGUGAGCUGAACCGCAUCACACAUGGCCUGCAGCGCAAGAUCCAGGACACGCAUAAGCAUGUGGUUGAGUGUGGGGAGGUGAUCAGGGAGCUACAGGAGAACCAGGAGAGUCUGAGCGACAGGCUUGCGCAGCAGAAGCAGCAGGUGCUAGAACUCUGCGGCACCAGCUACAUCCUUGACCCUGAGUUUGUGAAUCUCCAGGACACCAAAGACAGGAACCUUGCCCACCUCGUGGUUCUACAGAGCCGGACCAAAAAGCUGCAGGGGGUGUGUGAGGGCAGCUACCAAACCUCGUCCACCAGCGAAUCCAUUGGAGGUUUUCUGCAGAGCCAGAUGGAGCGUGUGCACGCUGCCAGCACCAUCUUGCACCGCGUGUGUGAGGAGUUCCCUCAGCACCAGGGGGCGCUCCGCAGACUGUCGAGAACUCUGGCAGCAUGGACACAGACCCAGGCGUCCUGAAAGUCAGGGGAAGAUAUAGACAUGACAGUGAGUACAGGAGCAGAGUAAAAAUGAAGGGAAAGAUUAGAUAAGUGAUGACCGGAGAGAAUGAGGUCAAGCAUGUUGAUGUUUGCAUUCAUUUAUGCUUGGAAUGAAAUACUGAUUGUGAAACAGUGUGAUAAAAUAAAGAGUUAUGAAACAGUAA